UCUGCCAAAUGCUGUGGCUUCAAGAAUUGAUCACAAUUUCUUCAUUAGUGCCCCCACUGUGGAAAGACAUUUCUAACUGCUGGAUACUUGGAGGCACACCACAUGAGGCGUCACCCUGACACAACAUUCAUGCAGUUGCCUGCUCAACUGUGCAGUGAGACUGAGCGCUUGCAGUCAGAGAUAAAGGAGCUGAAGGAAAGACUCAAUAACACAGAGAGGCUACUGCAAAAGGAGUCAAGCCAAAAUAUGGAGGGAAAGAAAGAGGCUCAGAGUAGGGGUGAUGAUUGGUCUGAAGAAGAGAAGAGACAAAUGAAGGAAUGGCAGCAGGAACAGCAGCGCAAGUACCUGGACGAGAUUGCUGACCUGAAGACUGUAUUUUAUAAUGAGAUUAAGAGACUAAAGGAACAUUCACAACAAUCAAGAGAGCCAACACCACCAUCAAAUGCAGAGCUUUUAGAGCAAAUAACGAAGCAAGACAAAGAGCUUGUCUCUCUGCGAGAAAAGCUCAGUGGACAGGUAGAGUCAACACCAGACCUGGAGAACAUGCAGAGUCGUAUGGAGGCGCAAGAGAGGUUCUGGAAGUCAAAACUUAAGCAAAUGGAGACUGAGCAUAAGAGAGAAUUGGAAGAAUUCAGGACACAGCUGGAUCAGGCCACAGAUAUGAUUGCAGAAUUUCACAGCAACAACCAUCAAGCAGAAUAUGAAAAUAGGAUUCUGGAAUUAAUGGCUCAUAUAGUAAGACAAGAUGAGACACUGAAGGCCCAAGUGACGCAAGUUGAUCAUCUCACUGAGCAACUUUCAACACAAAUUCAACAAACAGACAGUGCACAACAACAGACUGUAGAACUGCAACCCCAGUCAAGUGAAAAUGCCAGUGUAGAUCCAAGAGUAACGUUCACAGAACUCACCGCCAGAAUCGACAAAGCUAUUCAUGCCAAUAAAUAUUCACCAGAUAGAGUAAACAGAAGGCAAUCUGCACAAACAUCAGUUAAAACACAGGCUAAAUCUAUUCAUUCUAUGUCUAAGACACCAGUUUCAGUAAGGAACAUCCCAUUGUCUAGAGAUAAUGUAAUGGUCAGAAACAUCACAUCUGAGUCAAAACAUUCUGCUGAGGGUCCUCAAGAGGACUCAAGCUCAGACUUGUCACAUCAAACAAUGACCACAAGGACUGGCACCACUUCAAUGUAUGGGCUCAUUGACCAGGGCAAAGUCAGGAGUCCCCAGGGAUCCAAAGAUUCUGGUUUGGAUUCACCCAAGAGGUUUCCCACAAUUCCUAUUAGGAAAAUUAAUGCUUUUCAGGGAUUAUCUUCAAUUGAAACUACCCCCAUCACAAGUGGCAGUGAAGAUAGGGUAGACAAUGUUGAUGAUGUGACACAAAGUGAAGAUGAAGAAGAAGAGAAGGAUGAGACAAUAUCAGAUGAAGCAACAGCUGAUGAAACAGAAACAGAUACUGACACAGAACCUGCAGUCACAUCUGUCCACAGUUUGGAGGAUGAACUGCAGCAAAAGCCUCAAAUGCUGACUGAGCUGAAGAAGAACCUGCAACGCCUCCAUGACCGCAGACUGCGAGAGCUUGGGGUUGAUCCAGAGUGGAAAGGUAUACCUGCAGCCACUUUCUGCCAGAAAAUGGCAACACUGAAGCAUCACCAGACCAUAGCAGAAAAGAAACAUAAAUCGUUCUUUAAAAUUAGGGAGAGAAUCGUUGAUGAGCUAGAAAGACGUCUGUCAAAUACCAAGACUGACAGUCAGCAAGGUAAAUCUGACAAUGGAGGGAAAGUUCUGCAAAGGGACAGUACUCAACAAAACAAGGUGGCAAUGAAGAAGUUUGCUGCAGAAAUGAAGACAAAGGCCCUCAAAGUGCUGAAACGUUCAACAGGAAAGCUGUCUAUCCAUUCUGAAGAAGGCUCACAAAAGGCCAAUAGUCAAGAUACAGCUAUGGUUUCUGUUCAUCAGAAAGACCCAUUUACUUCCAAGCAAAAGAUGCAGAAUAUCAGUAUCAUGAAGAAACGUUUGGCACUGCACAGAAAGAAUGCAGAGACAGGGAAGAGGUCAAAUGUCAUAUCAGGAAACCCAGCUACAGUGAGCGAAGUUGACAAUAGAUCUGUUGAAGAAAGUGCUGUACCAAAUGUUACAAUGGUGACUUCAACACCUUUCAAGAACACUAAGACACCCAGUACUUCCAUUUCAGCAAGAAGCAUUUUGAAAGGUUCUUUAGUAUCGGAAUCAGUCGGUGGAAAGAAAAAUGUGAAAAGUCCAUCCAUCUCAUCCAUGGAAGAAGAAGAAGAAGAAGAAGAUGAUGAUGUGAGUGAACACACCAUCAUUCAUCAGACACUACAGCAUACCCAAGAUCCACAUACACACUCAGAGAAAAAACCUUUUUCUUCCUUAGGUGUAAGUCAGGUUAUCACAAGGGAUCUUUCAUCUGAUGAAGAGUCUCCAAGAGCAAACAAGAGUGUUCUCAAGUCACCACUGUCAUCAUCACUUGGCAGUAUUACAAAAAAGAGAGUUCUGUUUGUAGACCAGGAAAAUGAAAUGGCUGACAACAGCAGGACAAAGAGACUGCCAUGGACACCUGACAAUAUCAAGCAUUAUGGAUAUGCUGGCAGCUAUGAACAAAUUAACCUCAGCACAAAGCAGAGUGCUAAGAUUGCUCAGAUAUCCAAGAACAUUGAGGAACAGUUGAGAAUGAGUAGGUCCAAACCACCAACAGGAAGUGUGGAGGCCAUGUUUCGUUCCACUGGAAGUGAGAAGAGUUCACAGUAUCAAGGCACAGAUUUAAGUUCCCCAAGUCUUGACAGCUUUAUGUCUGACACUAACCAUGAGAACAAUACAAAUCUCAGCAACACCACAUCAGCACCAGUCCCUAAACCUCGCUCCAACAAGCCUAUCACAGCAACACAACAAACAUCUAGCAAACUUCCUCUUUCUGAUUGGGAUCUGGAAGACUUUGAUAAUUACACAUAGGAGUGUAAAUAAUAUGAAGAACAAGCCCUCAUUUGGAAAAUGCCAUUAAUGUGACAUCUGUCCAUUUUCACUGCGUACACAAUGUAUUGUCAGAACAAAUAUGGGUGUUUGCACAACAAAAGUGUUGUAACAUACACAAGUCAAUUACCAACUGAUAACUUUAACAAAACAAAUAAAAAAAAAUGAAGCCAAAAUCUAUGACACAAAUAACUUGUUUUGCCAGGAACAUUAACCUAAUUAUGAAUUUUUUCAUAUUAUCUACAGCACUCGCAGGUAAAUGUUGCCAGUGUACCCUGUUUAGAAACAGUGUUAUUUUGUGUAAACGUGUGAUUUUAACAGAAACAUAAUGAGAGAAUCAUAUGAAAUUGAUGAUCCAUGUCAUAUGAAAACAGGAUUAAGAAAAAGAUGACUGUUACUGCAAACAUAAGACUUUAUUCCCUUCUUCAUAGUUUUGUUUAAACUCAGUAUCAGGAAUUUCAGCAUUAUGGACAUGCUUUAACUUUACUGCAAGUAAUAAACAUAUGGCUACAGUUGGGGCUGAAACAUACUGAAAAAGGGAAGAUAUCUGAACACAGAUUGCUCCACAAGUAUGAGUCAUGAGAUGCACUGAUUAAAACUGCAUGCCAUUUGAAGUACUGUAAAAAUUAAUAAUCUAGUGGAACAGAAGUUUAUAAAGUGCCAAAUUUUAUACUACAACUGACACUGACCUACAGGUGCAUAAACAUUGUACUGACACUUCUAAAGUGGAAUAAAUGCAGCAACAGUUCCAUUUAGGGCAGUUUUCUUCACCCUCUCACUACCAGGCACAGUGCUACAGGCUAUGCAGAAUUUACCACGUUGUUCCUUAAAAAAUGUAGAAAGUGUUGAAAAUUAUUGCAUGGGGCUAUGUCAUAUUUCAUGUCUGAAUUACAUCACACAGACUGGAUUCUGGGAGACCUCACUGGCAAUGUCAGUGUUCAUGAAAAUAACUUUGUAGGGACAAAUAUCAGAAUGAAUUGCACUUACAUAUCAUAUGGUUACAGAGACUGUCAUUCAUUAUGCUGAUAUUGCAUUAUCAUUUACAAUUCUAAUAAAUAUCCAGGAAGGAAAUGAGAAAAGGCAGUUCUUCAGUAACUACAUAAAUUUCUGUCCUCUCAUACAUAUGAAAAAGGUACAUUAAAUGAUGACAAGUUUGACAGCAUCUGACACAUUUUUGCUGCAGCACUGUAUAUCAAGAUACAUGCAAAACCUGAUAUCUCUGUAUAAACAACAUAAUGAGCAUGUGCAUUAUACUGGCCAUUAGAAAUAAAUAAUUCAUUCCUCCAUUAUUUACAUGGAGAAGUUCAGCACAUGAGAACAUUGCUUUGCCACACAAAAUAAUCUAUGAAGAAUUUAAGAGCUAUAAAUGUUAAGCAAUACGAACAUGAAUUGAUUCUUCUUUACUCAUAAUGUCAAUCUGAAAAACAAUGACUGUGAUACACAAUUCUGUAAUGCACAUUUUAAUAAAUGCAAAGAUUUGUUCUUA